AUGAAACGUCGUGACUGGAAAUUCUCUUUAUAUAAGUAUAAUGGAAUGUAAGGGAAAGUGCAAAAUAUGUACAUUUCAUCACUGAGCAUGGAAGGGAAAAAUUCGUGUAAGGAAAGAAAGAGAACAGCGUAAUUUAUUAUAGAUUUGUGAACCGAAGCCGGAAUUGAAAAGAAAAUGGACAGUAAAUUUUACAUGCAAUAUAAAAUUUUCUAUUUACAAAAAAAAAAAAAAAAAAAAAUCACUGCAGAAUAAAGCAAUAUAACGUAGAAUAAACAAUUUUUCAUCACUAGAAAUAGAAUACAGACACUUUCACGACCGUGGAGAGGGAAAAAAAUCAGAAUUUAUAAACCUGAAUAGUGAUCCUGUACGAAACAAACGCCCGCCCGUCCUGCAACUUUCUUACCCAGCAGUGAGGCGCCGUUCGUUGUUUACUGGACAAAAAUACGUGUUUUCUCUUAAUAUCUUGUGUUGCGGGAGACGGAAACGAGCAGCAGGAGACGUAAGAGUGCGGCAGAGAGGAUGAAGGCAGCGGGAGGAGGAUAAGAGGAUCAGAGGAAGCAGGAAAAGUGGAAAAAUAAACGAGGAAGGAGAUGAAGAAAACGGAGACAGACGAAGGACAACUAAAGAUGUAUAAAACGAAGGAGAGGAGGAGAAAGAAGAAGAAGAAGUUGAAGAAGAAGAAGAAGAAGAAGAGAAGGCUGAGGAAGUGAAAUCGCGGAAAUGUCGAAACUUUGGUGGAAUUCAUUGCUGAUCAAAUUUCAAAAAACGACAGUGAGGGAAAGAUACAAGCUGGGUAACGUCGCGUCCGCCACGACCUUCAUUACCCAGGUGACACCGUGCUUAAUUACGGUGAGACGAGAGGAAGAAGGAACAAAGGAGAGGACGAGGAGGAGAAGCAAUGAAGACAGAGACAAGAGGAGGGACGGAGGAUCUCCACCCGUCCUGCCCCGACAACUCCCUCGCCCGGCGCCGCCCCACGUGACCUGCCCCGCCUGCCCCGCGCGGCACCGUGCUCUGGCGGCCACGCGACAAAGCGACAAACUAAAUUAACUUCCGGUGUUUCCACUGAUUGCGAAAGGAAAUCUAGCUCCAGUCCACCUUUGUUUGUGCGUGUGAUUACGUAAACCUUGAUGGGGAUAGAGCGAAAGGUUCGACUCUAUAUUUUUUUAUAGUUAGAUUAAGCACAGCGGCGUGAUACACAUGUGAAGGAAAGAGAACAGUUGUUGUAGAUGAAAAGUUGAACGAGGCGGCACAGAAAGGGAAGACGAAUGAAUGGUAUACUGAUGAGCCACAUACUGAUGAGCCACGAAGAUCAAUGAAUUAGAGAAGAAACAGAAUUGAAGACACUGGGGGGGGGGGGACGUUGUGCUUUGGAGUGAUGUGAGUGUAGGGAUGAAGGGAUUGUGAUGCAGCAGCCUACAUACACACACGUUCAGCCACUUUUGUUGAAAGUAGUGCAAACCUCCCUUGCCCUCGUUUCCCAUUCUUUCCUGCUCCUCCUCGUUCAUUCUCUUCAUCUUUCUAGUUUACGGUGGU